AUGAGCGAUGAAGUGGCUGACCUCAACUCUCCCACUGGACUUCCUAUCGACCUGGUCUGCGACAUCAUCGCCUUCGUCGAUGGCGACGAUGAUGAAUACGUAGACCGCUACACCCCAGACUAUAGAGUCCUCACACUCGCAGCGUGUUCUCUCGUAUGCAAGGCAUGGUCAAAUAUCGCCCGCGCGCACAUCUUCGGCUCCUUCGCCAUCCGUUACACGAGUUUCGAGUCUCGCCUCUCUUUCCUCCACUUCACAGCUCCCCACCUCGGUGGGUACGUGCGUGAGCUCAUCAUCUGGGGAGACAACAGCAACAACACGGGCUUGACCCCCCCACAGUGGACGCCUUCCGCCUUCCGCCGGUUCAGUAAUCUACAUUCCCUGUCUUUCUACCAUGUCACUGGGAAGUGGUCAAGCCUACCGGUGCCCCUCGCAGUAGGUAUUACAACCCUUCUCGCUGCCCCUGGCCUUCAGAAGCUCCGGCUACAGUGGUGGGACUUUGGAACAGACGUUGAAAGCAUCCAGAACAUGCUUUCUCUCUGUUCUACCUCUCUUAAGGAUUUAAGCCUCGUAUAUGUCGACUGUCACGGGGAUCCCCAUGCGAAUGCACAGGCCCAUGUAUUAUCGCCUGUAAAUAUGGUGGCUCUUUCUAAAUUGCGGUUGGUUUGCGUCCACCACCCGCGUCUAUCGGAUGCCUUCAUUGAAUGCCCCAACCUCGAAUCCAUGACGGCGGAAAUAGAGAAAGGACGACUGUUUGUUCCGUUGGGGGUGAAAGACUUGAGCCUGAUUAUUAACCCUCGGGCAGAGUUCCCCAAAUUUGAAAAGAUGAUCCGCCUCUCGACACUCGGGAUCAGAACCCCUGCUACUCCACCCACAACGCUAUCCAACAUUCAGGAAUGGAUAAACGGUAUCGAUAAUCUCCCAUACCCCGACCUCCUUGAACAACUCACCGUUGAACUCUCGCACGACCGCGCAGUAACGGAAUAUCCCCGGCUCGCCGAAUACAAAGCUUUCUCUGCCUCCCUGACUCGACUUCGUAACCACAGUGGAUUGAAGCGUAUCAGUAUUUCUAUCAUGAUAUUCACUCAUGCUGUUCCAUCGGAAGACUAUUCUUCUCACCAAGCGCGGGAAGAAGCAAAGCUGAAGGAUGGGUUUGCAUCUCUAUUAGGACCAGGCGUGGAUGUUCGACUAUCUGUUCGAGGGUCAAGGUGGUCCGAGUCCGUCUUCGUGGAUUGUCGCGUGUAG